AUGGAUAACACCUCCAUUUUGGGUUAUGACUUCUUUGAUGUGGCCAUUUAUGAUGACUUUAACUGCCCCACUUACAAUGUGAGUGACUGCCAGGACUUGGCUGAGAUCUGCGAAGCCGGCAAGCACGAGAUUACCAUCAAGUUCUUCCAAACCUGCGUCUUCUGCCUGAUCUUCCCCGUGGGUCUGAUGGGAAAUGCCCUCGUCAUCGCCACCUUCGCCCUUUACCGUCGUCUCCGGCUUCGCUCAAUGACCGAUGUCUUCCUCUUCCACUUGGCGAUAGCUGACACCCUCCUCCUCUUCACCCUCCCCUUCCAGGGCAUUGACACCUAUCUCGGUUGGAUCUUCGACACCCCUCUUUGCCGUGCUACGCGUGCAUGUUAUGCCAUGAACACGUACAGCGGAUUAUUGCUGCUGGCUUUGAUCAGUGUUGACCGCUACAUUGUGGUGGUAAAGGCUCAAGAGGUUAUGAGGCUGCGUAGCCAGAUACUGACAUGGGGCAAGCUCUUGUCUAUGAGUGUGUGGCUUGUCGCCUUUCUCCUGAGCUUGCCCGAGAUCCUGUAUUCAAGGGUGUUGGGAUCGGGAAGGGAUGCGCACUGUAUUGUAAACAAGAGCGGGGAGGCCAAAAAGGUCACCAACAGAGCCCUGAUUGCUGUUUUCUGCCUGUCUUUCCUGGUUAUGGUGAUAUGCUACUCCUUAAUUGCGCACGUGCUGUGUGAGGGGCAUGGACAAGGCCGGGCCAAGGGGUGGCAGCGCCAACGCACCCUAAAGUUGAUGGUUGUGCUGGUGUUGGUUUUCCUGGUCUUCCAGCUGCCCCACACCGUGGUGCUGUCACACAAAAUAGCGGGCCAAUUUUGUGGCCUGCUGUGGGAGUAUGUGACCUGCACUUUGGCGUACACCCGCUGCUGCCUCAACCCCAUCCUCUACGCCCUGGUCGGCAUACGCUUUCGAAAUGACGUGCUGAGGCUCAUGCACAAUGCAGGCUGUGCGUAUGGACACCAUGUAGAGCAAAGACCAGAGAGCUCCAGCUGCAGGUCCCCCUCCUCCCUGGCCGUCAACACUCUCUCCUCAGUCACUCCUCAUCCUCCUCGCUAUGGUCCUUCUAUCACCAAGGGGACAAAUGCCACCAUGUUUCAGUUUCCAGAACCAGAUCCAAACACUGUCUUGUCUAAGUCAUUUCUGUUCCAAAGAACCAAGUAG